AUGCAGGAUUCGUGGUCUUGCGGUUGGUUUCUAGCAUCGCUGUUUGUGGUGUUCAACUUCUUUGGGCAAAUUAUACCGGUUGUAAUGGUGAUGAUUCGUAAAAGGGUUGGAAUCGCUUGCGCUGUCCUCGCAAGUGUUGUUAUCUUGCAAACAAUAGCUUAUCAUAUACUGAAUGUUGCUGUUGGUGGUGGCCUGCUGCUUCUUUUUGCCGAAACCCAGGAGGAGAAAAAAAGCUUGUUUGCUGGCCGCAUAUUCCUCAUAUUCAUGUUUUUGUCGCUUGUACAUUUCGUAUGGAACUUUGUGCAAAUUAUCGAAAUGGUAGUUGGAGGAGCACUGAUGUCGCUGGUUCUUGUCGGCUAUAAAACGAAGCUUUCCGCAUUUGUACUCGUUGUGUGGCUUUUCGGUCUGAAUCUCUAUCUGAAUGCUUGGUGGACGGUGCCAUCGGAUCGCUUCUAUCGCGAUUUCAUGAAAUAUGACUUCUUCCAAACGAUGUCCGUUAUCGGUGGCCUGCUGCUUCUUGUAGCCUAUGGUCCCGGUGGUGUCUCCGUUGAUGAUUACAAGAAGCGAUGGUAG